AAUUUCUCCCCAAACUGCUGCCAUUAUAUAAAGCUCAAGUCUUCUUUAUCUCCACAACAGAUAAGUGAUACCCCAGUGCGACAUGACCAUCUCCAUCUCUGCCACUAACGGCCACACCAACGGCCAUGCCAAAGCUGCCAAGCAUCAUUCCAAACGCUUGUCUGAGUUCGGUUUUUCUACGCGAGCUAUUCAUGUAGGGUCAGAGCCAGACCCCACAACUGGCGCCGUCAUUCCCCCCAUAUCCCUCAGCACGACAUACAAACAAGAUGAAGUGGGCGUGCACAAGGGCUUUGAAUAUUCUCGUUCUGGCAAUCCAAAUCGCGAUGCAUUAGAGCGCACGCUUGUAGGCCUGGAGGCAGGCGCAGGACACGCUAUCACGUUUGCUUCGGGCAGUGCGACGACAGCAACCAUCUUGCAGUCUCUAGGUCCAAACGCGCACGUCCUCAGCGUGAACGAUGUCUACGGCGGUACCUUCCGGUACCUCACAAGGGUUGCGAAGGAAACCAUGGGUAUCGAGUCGACGUUUGCAGACUUGGAGAACUUGUCAGACGAUAAAAUACUAGGUGCCAUAAAGGAGAAUACCAAGCUUAUCUGGAUCGAAUCGCCAACAAAUCCCACCCUCCGACUAAUUGAUAUUCCGCGCAUAGUAGGUCUUGCACAUCGAGCUCCAUCAAAGCCCCUCGUUCUCGUAGACAACACCUUCCUCUCCCCAUUCUAUGCUUCCCCACUCCUACAAGGCGCUGACAUCGUCAUUCACUCUCUCACCAAAUACGUCAACGGCCAUUCUGAUGUCGUCAUGGGCGCUGCCAUCCUUCCCUCCUUGUCCACGCCAGACAGAGACUACGAAGGUCUCGUCCAGAAGCUCCGCUUCCUCCAAAAUGCCCACGGCGCCGUUCCGAGUCCUUUCGACAGUUGGCUCGCCCAGCGCGGCGCCAAAACUCUCGCAGUGCGAAUGAAAACCCACGGUUUGAAUGCACUCCGGAUUGCCUCCUUCCUGACUUCGCACCCCGCUGUCGAACACGUCAUCUACCCCGGUCUGGCCUCGCACCCACGACAUGCCCUAGCACGCACGUCUGUCAGCCCACACGCACAGCAGUUCAUCAAUAGCCUACCGCCAUCGAGCCUUGCGCACGGUAUACCCUACGGCGGGAUGGUCUCAUUCCGUCUACGUGGUGGUGCAAGGAGUGCAGAGGCGCUAUUGCCGCAAUUGAAGUUGUUCACUCUUGCUGAGAGUUUGGGCGGUGUAGAGAGUCUUGCAGAGUUGCCUGCGCGGAUGACGCAUGCGAGCAUUCCGCUGGCGGAACGUGAGGCGCUGGGCAUUGAGGGCCUGGUGCGUCUGAGCUGUGGAAUUGAGGAGGUCGAAGAUUUAGUGGAUGACCUGAGGGCGGCGUUGGAUGGCCUCGAAGAUGAGGACAGUGGGUGUGAGAGCGGGUUGGUGACGCCAUCGGAAGUGAGUGAUGAUGGUGCGAAUGAGCUGCAAUGAUUGUACGUAGAGUUUACUGUUUUGAAUAUCUAUGUAGAUGUUACCGUACUCAUUUCUGUGGCUAUUAGCUUUGGAGAUCUAAUUUUACUUUCAUUGCACAACCAGCAGGCUGUGAACAUGAUAUAGAUUGGAGAGUAAGAUCCACUGCACAGGAUAUCACCU